CGGUCUACUUUUGGCUGCUAGCGGCCGGAACCCUUCACUCCGGAGCUUCCGCACGGAACCGGAAGUGAUGUACGGAGAGCUUGCGGCAGCCCAGCGUUGCGGCGGUUUAAGUUCUCGCGGAGAUAUUCAGUUCUACUGGCUCCUGUAUGUUGUCACCUCGUGUACUCCUGCUCUCCACGAAAGUCCAGCAGGUCCACUCCCUGGUCUGUCAUUCUUCUCGUUCCUCCAUGGAUUUGAAGGCUGUCCUUUCCUCCUUGAAUGCCUUUGCGUCCCUCUCAUUUGCCGAGAGUUGGGAUAAUGUGGGAUUACUGGUAGAACCAAGCCCGCCACACACGGUAAAAACGCUUUUCCUGACCAAUGACCUGACCGAGGAAGUAAUGGAGGAGGCACUGCAAAGGAAGGCGGAUCUCAUUCUGUCCUAUCACCCACCCAUCUUCCGGCCCAUGAAGCGCUUGACCUGGACAAGCUGGAAGGAACGCUUGGUGAUCCGGGCCCUGGAGAACAGAGUGGGCAUCUACUCUCCUCACACAGCCUAUGACGCUGCACCUCAGGGAGUCAACAGCUGGCUGGCCCAAGGGCUUGGAGUUUGCACUUCCAGACCCUUACAUCCUUCCAAAGCUCCCAGCUGCCCCACAGAGGGAACACAUAGAGUAGAAUUCAAUGUUAACUGCAGCCAAAAUGUGGAUAAAGUCAUCUCUGACGUAAAAGAAAUUGCAGGUGUUUCUGUCACGUCUUUAUCUGCUAGGACUGAUGAUGAAGAAGAAACGCGGAUCAGUCUGAACUGUAGUCAGCAAGCUUUAAUGCAGGUCGUGGCUUUACUUUCCCAGAACAGACAACUUUAUCAGAAAACUGAAAUUCUGUCCCUGGAGAAGCCUCCACUUCUCCAUACAGGAAUGGGGCGACUGUGCACACUGGAUGAACCUGUCCCCUUGGCAACCAUGAUUGAACGAAUUAAAAAGCACCUAAAACUAACUCAUGUUCGUCUUGCUCUUGGAGUAGGGAAGACCUUAGCAUCUCAAGUGAAAGUGGUGGCCCUGUGUGCUGGAUCUGGGAGCAGUGUCCUGCAGGGGACAGACGCAGACCUUUACCUCACAGGUGAAAUGUCGCAUCACGAUGUUCUGGAUGCCGCUUCGCAAGGAAUAACUGUCAUCCUUUGUGAGCACAGCAACACUGAGCGAGGAUUCCUUUCUGAUCUUAAAGAUAUGCUGGGUGCUCACUUGGAAAAUAAGAUUAAUAUUAUCCUGUCAGAGACAGACAGGGACCCUCUGCGUGUAGUAUAAAUGUCAAUGGAAGGAAGACACAUCUACGUACUGACUGGACUCCCUGCUUAACUGGAACAAGAGUCAGUGAAAUUCAUAUCCUUCUAGAAGAAUGUGCUGAAAUUGCACUAUGUAGUAGGGGCCAGGGGGUUGCGCACCUGGCUGAGCACACGUUUUACAGUUCGCAAGGACAUGGGUUUGAGCUCCUGUCCCCAACUGCAGGAGGAAAGCUUUUCGAGUGGUGAAGCAGUGCUGCGGGUGUCUCUCCGUCUCUCUCCCUCUCUACCACCCCCUUCUAUAUUUCUGGCUGUCUCUAUCCAAUAAGUAAAUAAAUUAAUUAAAAAAGAAAAAA